CUCAACUAGAAAACAUACAACGUGCUGCUUCUAGCAGAGCACACACACGCGCACCAUCACCACAAACACACAGCAAGAGAAGAGAGGGAGCGCGCAAAUGCGUGCUCCUGACAAAGACGGCACGAUAAGGCACGACCAUCAGCAGAGGGAUCUUCACUAUAAGCAGCAUCAGCAGCAGCUGUGGCAGUCUGAAGACCAAAAGCUACGUCACUGUCCCACGCUCCCCUGGCUUGCAGCUCUAACAUGGGCUGCUCGUCCGGCCGCCUGCCCUGCCAGCCUCCAGCCCCUGCGCAGCUGCCCACCCUGGACCCUGACUGCAGCCUGGCCCAGGAUGGGACGGCACCCACACCAAAAAGCCCAGAGAACCUCUCCACACUGGAGCGGCUGGCUCAAGCCACUGGGGGUACGGAGAAGUCGUGGUACCGGUGCGUCUUUCCCUUCGGGGUCAUCUCCCUGGUGAUCGGCAUGGCAGGCACAGGUGUUACCUUCACCUUCAACACCCUGCUGCAGACCAAGGUGGUGUCCCUGGUGCUGUUGGCCGUGGGCUUGGUCAUGCUGCUGGUGGCAGCCGCAUGCUGGAGAGUCCACAGGGCCAAGAGGAGGGAGAAGAAGGAAGGGGGGUUCUUCUGCUCAGAGCAAGGGACCCUAUGAGACACUUUCAAGUGUACCCAUCAGUGUUUUCCCAAAAUUUUGGAGGACCUUCUUCUGCUUUGCACUGGCUGGAUGGAAAUUGAUGGAACAUGAACUUAGCCUUGAAAGGUAAGUUUCAAACCAUACAGCUAGACUGUACUGACGGCCUUUGGGACAUGGAGAUUUUCCUGCUCUGUGCAUAAACAGUGACUCACAACAGCUUGAAAAUAGGACGCCCCUGAAAUACGUCCUGCAGCUCCUUGCACUGAAUUUGUGAGGGCAUGCACUGUGAGGAUGCUGUUAGUGUAAUGUGUUUGCCCUCAUUAUUGAACCUCAUUAUGAAAAAACAGCACAGCACAGUCUCCAAGGUCCCUGAUAAUGCUGCAAGUCUAUUCCACAUUGUGAACAUCGCUCCCAAAGGAACGUCAGGAUCAAAGAUGCGUGGAAGACUCCACUUCCUGUGAUGGAGGGAAAUCUUCAAACUGUUUUACACACUGCCUGGAUGUUAGUUUCUACCAUAAUAGAGACACAAAGAGGUGGAGCACCUCCCAGAUUAACUGACCGUCAAUUCAGUCAGUAGAAGAAGAGGAAUGACUGUGAGGAAGAUUGAGGUCAGUAGGUUCAGCACCCAGAAAGACAUAACUGCUUCUCCAUGUGGUUAUUUCUAUAAUUAGGUGGAUUAGCAGGGUGCAGCAUGUAAGACGACUGAAAAGUCACCUGAGAAGACUUUCCCAGGACGUCUUAAGAGUGCCCCCAGAAUUAGACAACAUACCGGGACUGGUCUGGUCAUCAAAACUGUCAGUCUCUAAUGUGAUCUGCAUGACUUUGGAGAAGAACGUUUUGUAACUAAGAAUGGUGCAAGUCAGUAUGUGUUGUUAUAGAUGAUAUAUCUUGCAGAGAUAGAGGUAUAUUUUUGGUAGUGUUGUGAAAAAGGUAAAAAUGUGUGCGUGCAUGAGCGUUCUCUCAUGUGCUUGCAUGUGUGUUUCUGCACAGUAUUCGUGAAAGCACUCAGGUAUUGUGCGAGUUCUUAUUUAGCUCUAAGAUUGGUCACAGACAGAAGGUGCUCCAGGUCUUAGCAGGUCUUUCUGCACUGCUGAACUUAGCCUUGAGCUCACUGACUCAGUGAGCUUUGGAGAUCAGAGCGUUAACAGUCAAUAUGUUACGGAAACAAACUACUCUCUUAUUAGCCGCUUUGCACUUAGUCAUUCUGUUGUGCCACUGAAUACUGAGUCAUUUUACCCUCUGUGAACAAAUGAAUGUAUCAAUAGACUUGAUAGGCAAUCAAAGUAGUGCCCUGCUAUGUUGUGAUAAAUGGUCAUUUUACAAUAUGCAGCAAUGUAGGACAACAAACAAAAUCUGGAUGUCACAUCUCUGGUUCCUCAAGUACUGGUGAUGUAGGUUACUUUAGCUUUUGUACAUGUUUUAGAAAGAGGUAUUUUUCAUCCCUGUGAAAAGAAAUGGCAGACUGUUUUGUAUUUUGCAUCUAUUCUUUCAGUGCCUGUCUUUUUACAUUAGAUAUUUUCUUAUCCGCUAUCACUGGGGUCUUUCCAGUGUUGUAGUGCCAGAAAAAAGAACACAUCACGAGGAAAUGGUCAGUAUUGUUUUAUACCAGCUCAUUGAUUCUGUUUCCAAAAAUAGCAGUAGCACCAGACAUCAUGAGAGCAGUGACGGGGAUACCUGAGCUCCACCGAAGCCGUGCGUGUGUUCGACGGGAGGAAAAGACCAAACACACACACGUGCAUGCUUCAUAUAUGUACUCUCUACUGUGUGGCAAGCUUAUCUUUUGUGUCCUGAGGCAAAUGAAAGACAUCGAGAGAAAGAGAGAGAGAUAGAGAGAGGCAAAGGGAAAGGGAGGGAGCAAAUGAGAGUGGCAGAAUGAGGGAGGGGAGGCUUUCAUGAGAGUUCAUUGAUAAAAAAAAGGCAUCCGGAAAUAGCCCUGCAUGCUUGGAAUAUAAAUAAGCAGAAAGCCCUGCAUGAAUCCUGCAUUAUGUGACAUUGCAUCUCACACAUACAUUACACAUUCUACAUGGUAAACUGUAAACAUGACUCAUAAAAUUUACACUCUGCAUUUCUGAAGGGACUAGAACAUGCACUUGAUCCUGUUUUUUUUCCUGACAUUUCGAGCUUAGCCUCUUUAAAAAGUCUUUCCUCAUAGGUUCUUCCCUAUGCUGGAGAAAGUGUUGUAUACUGAUCUUUAAAGAACCUUUUCAAAAUGGUUCUAUAUUGCAUUGGUUCUCAAACCAGUCCUCUGGGACCCCCAGAUGGUCCAUAUUUCUACUCAAUUUCAACUCCCAUACAUAAAAAUAGAACAAAAAUGUGGACUGUCUGAGGAUCAGUUUCAGAACCGCUGCUGUAUAGCACCAAAAUGGGUUCCACUAUAGUCACAAGUCAAAGAACCUUUCUUGGUAGAAUAUUUGCUAUAAUGCACUCUUGAAAACAAUGGCACCAAAAGGCUGUUUGGAAAGAUGCCUUUUAGUUCCCUAAAGAUUCAGUGGUUCUUGGAAAAAACUCAAGAGAAACCAAGGAUCUUUAGUCAACCAAAAAUGGUUCUUCUGAUGUUUCGCUUUUUUAAGGGAGUAACCCCACUGAAUCAGUGCCGCUCAUGCACAGCUCAAAUCUAGAGAAAUCUAAAGGCAAGUCAACUCCCAAAGACAUAUUCUAAAUUACAGUGUGUCAUAUAAACAUACUGUAUGUUUCAUCAUUUGCUUGCAUACCUUGAAAUAAGUGAAAAUAUCUUUGUCUUUCUGACAGAAGCUGUCACAUGUUAAGGGAUACAUAUGGUAUAUGUAGCUUUUCAGCCAAGACUAUACAGUAGAGGCUUCCUGGUGCCAGACAGUAUGUAUGUAACACUGUGUAUAUAUGUGUUUUUUUAUUUUUAAGGCUAUGUAUGUUACUAGAUUUCUACGUUUUUGGACUAUUCAAAUAGAGUAUUAAAUACAAUGAUGCAAUGUGAAAUCA